AAAGAAUAAAAAGCCGCGACAGAUCGAGACGAAGCGAACGUCUCAUUUCGCUUACGAAGCAACGAAGUAACAGGACAUCGUACACAGAAACCACCGAUGCAUUUUCUGAUCAUCCUUACUGCAACAACUCCUCUAAUGGCUCUGCUGCUCACUGAAGCUGUAACCAGUCGUGAAACCAACUGCAGUGAUCCAGCCUGCAAGACCCCAAGCCAGCCAUUAUUUGAAGAUAUCGGCAGCGACAAUGUUACCAUACUAUAUAUAUACAACGAAACCAGUCAGUUGUGCGAAGAUGUCCUCAUUGAUAAGCACCGUAACAAUACGUUCAAGUACCUCUUUGAAUGUGCGUCUCGGUGUAAAACUGGGCAAGGUAAUGAAGAAUGUGUCGGAGAACCGGUGAGCGCCUGCAAUAAUUCCGGUGUUAAAAACAACCUAGCAUCGACGUCCAAGACCCUGUGUGGCUCAGAAAAUGGCUCUCAAGAUACGCAGGACGGAGAACACUUCACUGAGGAUGACGAUCCAUAUGAAGCGUACUUUUACAAUUUGACUUCAAAGGAAUGCCAAGACUACCUGGCUUGCGGAUAUCCAGACAGAAGCAAAGUAAAAAAUUUUUUCAUGCUUAAGAACGUGUGUGAAGAAGAGUGCAGGGGUUUCGACUUAUCGAACAUAUACGGGAACAAAAGCAACCGGACGAUUUAGGGAGCUACAGCUCAUGGUGCUCGAUGUUUCUUCCUUCAGAUUGGUUUCCAUCCCUGCGAUUCUACGGUUAUUGUUUCACUGGGAAGCAAUUAAAUAGUAUUUCUGUUAACUCACUUCUCAAUCCCUGCACUUCUACGGCUAUUUUUUCACUGGGAAGCAAAUAAAUGGCAUUUGUGUUUUCAAAGCGAAAA